AUGCGCCUGGUGAACCUCCUGCUUUUCGCUAUGCUCGCCUUCAGUUUGAACUUCGUCGAUCUCGCCAGCGCUAAGGCCCAGCUUCGUAAGGACAAGUCGCCAACCGACGAGAUAAUGAGCUCAAGCCGUAGACUUGAACCUCUGAAGCAAAACGUCGAAUCCACUGACCCCUCUGAUACCAAGAUACACGUCGGAGUGUCCAACCCCGAAGUCCGAAAGCUGAGAAGUUCCAGCUCAGUCACACCCAGCCAACACUCCAGCGUUAAAGAAGAAGAAGAAGAAGAAAGAUCUGGCAAUGCCCUGAUGAGCAAGCUGACGGCAUAUCUGCAAAAGAAGAUGCCCAGCCUUAGUGGCUCAAGAUUCGAAUGUACUUGGCAGUGGCUUCACUCGCAGUAUCAGGCUCGGUGA